AUAGUUAAACAGGGAUCUCUUUUAAAUCAGCAGCUGAUAAAAUUAUAAAGUGUCUUUAUGUAAAUAAAUGAAAAUGGAAAGGUAAAAAUAAUUACAUUUAGGCCAAAAUAUCAAAAUUUUCUGUGCGUUAAAAUAUCAUUUUAGUGGGAUUUGUCAAAAUGAGUAAGCAACCGCAUAUGCUGAUAUUGGAUCCCCAGUCAAUUCUUACCUUCAGACCUCCGUUCAACAAUAAAAGCCAAUGUUUGAUCAACGUGACAAAUCCAACACCUUAUGGGAUUUUAUUCAAAAUGAAGACGACUGCAAGCCACAGGUAUUGUGUGAAACCGAAAAUGGGCCGAAUAGCACCAUAUGGAAAGGAGGUGAUAACUGUAAGGCUUAAAGCACCUAAAGGAGAUACUCAGGAUAAGUUCAAGCUACUGUCUUUUGUCGCUCCCAACAACAACGACACUAUUGAAGAGGCUUGGGAAAAGUUUAACGAAUCGGGAGCGAUGACUAACAAAUUUGUUGCACUUUUUUUGACUUCUGGCGGCAACGAGCAGUCCACACUUAACAUCAACUUGGGAAAACAAAAGAGUUAUAACAUACCUCCUUUAGAAUCGGGGAAAAAAGCAAAAGGGGCAAAGAAAAAAGUGGAUUUUAACAAAGAUAGAGUGUCUGAUUUAGACCAAAAAGAUGAUGAAUACGUGGAUGACGAUGAUCAUGAAAACAGCUCAAAUUAUCCAAGAUUAAAACUAAUUGCUUUUGUUAUUAUAGUAAUGGUUGUAUCAGCUUUUUGGUUUACAGACUUUUUUGAAAAAUAAAAUAUUAAAAACACU